UGUUUCUUCUCUACAUGGAGUUAGGGUAGUUGCAGAGACACACAGUGAAGGUGGGAGAGAUGAUGCAUAACUUCAACUCUGAUCCCUUUUACCUUACAAGAAGUCAUGAAUUUGAUUGGAAUGGAAAUGAGUCUGCUGGAAAUGGAAUCCAACACGUAGAUUCCGCUGACAUAACUAGUUUAUUCUCGAUGCACAAUGGAAUCAAAGCAAGCAAUGCUUCUGGUAGCUUGCAAUUCGGUGGAAGUUUAGGGCAGUUUGAGAAGUGGGAUGAUCCCAUUGUAGCAGAUCACACUUCAAAUCACAAUGAGCUAGCUGGAGUAGGAUUGAAUAUUGGUGGGGAUUCUAGUGGUCAAUCCAAUGAGAGAUUUCGUAACCAAAAGAAACUCGUGAAACUAGCUCAGAAUCGGGAAGCAGCAAGGAAAAGUCGAAUGAGAAAAAAAGCAUACGUUAAAGAGCUAGAGAUGAGCCAGAAAAGGCUCUUACAACUCGAUCAGGCCCUCGAAAAAGCACGUCACCAGGCUGCCAAGCAGAGGCAUUCGAUAGGGCGUGAUGAUGCGUUCGACAGGGCUCACGCGCGCUGGCUAGGUGAACACGAGAGGCUCAUGGAUGAGCUGAGAUCAUCCUUGCUCUCCGGUGAAGGCGACGACACCACUGUGCAUCUCCUGGUUGAUGCGGCCAUCUCUCACUACGGUGACCUUCACGGGAUCAAGAGCAAGGGCGCUGGAUCCGACAUGUUUCAUAUCCUCUCUGGCACCUGGACAACUCCCGCGGAGAGGUUGCUGAUGUGGCUGGGUGGAUUCCGCUCCUCAGACUUGCUCAAGGUGGUUGAGAAACAGAUGCAGAAUCUCAGCCUUAGUGAGGAGCAGUUGGUAUGCAUAUUUAAUCUGCAGAAGUCGUGCCAGCAGGCAGAGGAUGCGCUCUCUCAGGGGAUGGAAGCUCUGCAGCACUCGCUCACGCUCACACUCUCCUCGUCCUCCCUUGCUCGUCCCUCUUCUGGGGACGUGGUCGACUACGCGAGCCACAUGGCUACUGCAAUGUCGAACGUUCACACCAUUCAGAGUUUCCUUAAUCAGGCUGACCUUCUUAGGCUGCACACAUUGCAACAGUUGCAGCGGAUACUGAGCCCGUGCCAAGCUGCACGGGCUCUCCUUGCAAUCAACGACUACAAGGCGAGGCUCAGAGCUCUGAGCUCCUUGUGGCUAGCGCGCCCCAAGGAAUGAAUCAUCCAUGUUUUGUUUGUUGUGAAUGAAGAUUAGUAAUCCAUUAUUCAACAAGAAUCCGAUUGUAUUGCAAAAUUAUAAACUCAUCUAUGAUUUUCAUAUUAUUGCACUCACA